AUGCUGUUCCCCAAAAAAAAGAAUCCUGCAAACCAUGCUGUGGUGGAAUUGCCGAAGGAAGCUCUGCGAGACUCUUUAGCUGCUGCUCAGGUUACCUUCAAGAGGUACGCCCACCCAAACUCCGGUGGCGGUGAAAGGCCAAGUCAGUUGAAGGUGGCAUCUACACCUGGCGCGAAAACUGAGAUUGCUGCACCGAGGAUGAGGCGUCCUGAAACAAGAAGUGUAUACCAUCAAUAUUCCAAGGAAACGCUUUCCAGUCACCCUGAAUCUGUCUCGGUACCGACAACUCCUGUGGGAGUGAACCACUAUGAUAUGAAGGAUCGAGCUUCGAAUUCGCCAAGCAGUCUGGCCGCUGCAGAGACAGCUGUGUACUUGGCGCGCUCCAACUCAUCCGGCACCAGACCAUCUCCCAUUAGUAGCCGGGACCCAGUCAUGGAUGUUGAAACGAAAUCACUACGGGCCCCUUCAGCUUUGAAAAAUGAGCUGCGUUUAAGUAAAACAAGGAUCCCUCCACCAUUGUAUGAUGGUACCGCUCGCUCGCGUUCUAUAUCGCCACAGAUAUCUUACUCUACUUCGUUAUCAUCGUCGUAUUCCUUGAGUUCCGAUGAAGAAGACACAUCUUACAGAGAACGAAGUACUGAUGAGGCAUUUCCUUCCGAACCUUCCAUAUCGUCAUAUAGUCUUUCGUCUAAGGUCUCGAACAAGCCCCUACAUGUUGAAGCUUCACAGCAUCAGCAAGAACCAGAGUAUUCCGCGAUGAAUAAACUCAGUGGCGGCAAUAUGAUAUAUAAGGGUACUCUACCCGAUCUGAUACCAAGAAAUCAAAGGAAGGCGAGCAAGCUAAAUUUCAAACGCAAAAUCUUAAGAUCUCCGGAUGCCAAUGAAUACAACAAUGAUCACCCGCAAGAGAAUUUAUCACAUAUAUAUUCCAACCAAAAACAAAACGGUGGGGCAAUUAUAAACACACAGCAGAAUGUGAAGCUUAAGACCACCAUGAGGGGUGGAAAAUAUGCAAUUACAGAAAAUGAUGAAACUUUUCCUUACGAUAAAAAGUCGUUAUCAUCAGAUUCGGAUACUGAUGAGGAUUCUAAUGCAGUGGAGGUCAAGGACAAAAAGAAGAAAAGCCGCCGCUCUAAAAUAAAGAGAGGGUUGAGGACGACGGCUGCGGUAGUUGGAAGCAGUACUUCUGUACUCCCAUUCCCCCACCACAACCACCAUCACCACCACCAGCUGCAUAACUCAAACUCUCACCACAUACACGCAAAUCAUUACACAACCCCCCGCAAGUUCAACGAAGACAAGCCGUGGAAAUCCCAUAGAGAUCUUGGGUUUAUCACUGAACAAGAAAGAAAACGGUAUGAGUCCAUGUGGGUGUCAAACAGGUACUCGUAUUUGCGUCUGCUGCCGUGGUGGCCCACCCUCACCAAUGAAGACGAUGAGCCUAACUUAAAACCGCUAACCCUGCCGCAAGAUGGUCUGAUGUUAAAUUUGGUUGUUAAAGGUAUAUGGUACCGAUCAAACCUGCCCACAGAUCUUUUAGUGCAGAUAUACAAUAUGGUGGACACGAGAAAGGACGGUACUUUGGACAGAAAGUCAUUCAUAGUGGGCAUGUGGCUUGUCGACCAAUGCCUAUACGGCCGGAAGCUGACCAAUGAGCUGGACCAGAGAGUUUGGAACAGCGUGGACAACUAUGUUCUCGGCACUAUCAACGUGAAGCCCACUUCCGCUGAACGCUAUCCCAAUGCCGAUAACGUCUUGGAAAAGCCAUCAAAGCUCUCAGUACGACAGGAAUUGAAAAACAUCAAACGCGAUCUCAGAAACGUCAGAAUAUGA